CGCGCGGAUAACAAAAGUUCCCUUUUUUUAUCCUAGUUUGCAACAGUCUCAUGCUAAAACUUGAAUUGUUUGUGUUAUGGAAGUUAUACUUCGAAGUAGUGUGAUAGUUGUGUAUUUAAAACUUUACUAUUAACCUAAACGCGUGUGUGGCGUUUGCCACAAUGAAUAAAAUCCCUUGAUCUUUUGACUGACUUGAGGUGCACUUCCGCAACCUUAAUACGUAAUAGCGAGAAAGAAGGAAAUAUACUGUUAUUAUAGUAACUAAAGAUUAAAUAUGUCGGCGAGGCGCACCAAACGCUGUGCUAUUCCUGGCUGUCGGAAAACUGAGUUCCUGCACAUGGUCCCAAAGAAUCCCAACAUUAAAAAAGAGUGGCUUAAGUUUAUUUUCAAUGAAGUGCCAGAUCGUGUCAGUCCAUACUUGUUUGUUUGCCUGGGACAUUUCACUCCGGAUUGUUUAGCAAACCAGUCGCAAUAUGAAGCUGGCUUUGCGGGUAAGCACAUAUUGAAGAGUGGUGCUGUGCCAACUAUACUGGAUCCCAGAGCAAUCCGACAAACUCAAACAUCUGCAACAGCUGAUCUACCUAAUUCUGCGUUGGAUCCAAACAAAAAUACUGAGAAUUGCAUGGAGGACAUUAUAUGCAGUAGUGAUGGAUCCCUUGAUAGUGACCAAGACAGUGUCGACACGACAGCAGAGGAUAUGUUUAUUGAUGGUCUUGACCCUGUUCUAGAUUGGCUUUCAACAGACAUUGAUUCACCAGAAGAGGAACUGGAUUCAGAGGCCAGCCCACCACAGAGAAAGAGAUCCCGUCUGUCUUCCACAUCUGCUGCCCCUGCUGCUGGAGGAGGCAGCUUAGGGAAUGGGACAGAGGACAAUUCCUUAUCUGAUGCUUCCUCUGGUGUCUCUAAAAAAAGGUGGCAUAGCACCGAUGAGGAUGAUGUUGAACCACCUCUUCCAGUCUUCACACCUGUCCAAACACCUGGACCAAACUCUUUUCCUAUUACGUACAGCAGUCCUCUGCAGUUCUUUCAUCUUUUCAUUCCAAAAACGGUGCUGCAGACAAUUGUAGGGUACACAAAUUUCUAUGGGGCCAAGUAUGAGGAGGAAAAGGGCAACUUGUGGCAAAACAUUUGUGUGAAAGACUUAAAGUCAUUCAUAGCGAUUGUAAUUUACAUGGGUCUGGUGAAGUGCUCUUCAUUGAAAGACUAUUGGAGGGAGUCCGAUUACUUCAGUCUGUCCUUUCCUGCACAAAUCAUGUCUUACCAGAAAUUUCGGACAAUCUCCAGUGCUCUUCAUCUAAGCGAUACCAAGGACGAUGAGAGGAACAGGGUGAGGAGGGGAACGUCAGACUAUGAACGCUUAGGUAAAAUUCAGUCACUAUAUCAAGUCAUUAGGGAUGCGUGCAAAAUCUACUUUCAUCCCUUUCAGAACAUAACUAUUGAUGAAAGAAUGGUGACAUCACAGGCUAGAAAGGGACUCAAACAGUGCACGAAAAAUGAAUCUAGAAAUAAUGGGUACAAAUUGUUUGCACUGGCAGACUGCAGCAGUGGCUAUACUUGGGAUUUCUUUGUUUAUGAGGGUAAGUCAAGUGCAUCACAGAGACAUGGGCUGAGCUAUGAGUCUGUGAUGGCAUUGGUUGAUGAAAAUAUGUUAGGCACUGGGUACAAGCUGUUUGUUGACAGAUUUUACACCAGCCCCACUCUCUUCAGAGACCUCUUCUGUAAGGAUAUCUGGGCUUGUGGCCCUGUUCAGGCAAGCAGGAAAGGUUUCCCAAAAACAACUGUGAACAGAUUGCCAAGGAACGCACCCCGUGGCAGUAUACGUUGGAUUAGGGACAACGAGCUGCUGUUUGUCAAGUGGAAAGACGUGCAGGAAGUGCAAAUGUGUUCCACCUUCCAUAAAGCCUAUGCAGGUGACAAAGUGCAGAGAAAGGUGAAGGGAGAAGAUGGACUUCGGACCCUUGUGGAUGUCCCCAUCCCAGCUGCAGUUUUGGACUACAGCAAGAACAUGGAGGUAGUGGAUCCAUCUAAUUGCGCUACUGGAUAUUAUAGACUUCUAAGUAAACCAAAAAAGUGGUACCAGUCCAUUUUUUAUCACUUUUUGGACAUUGCUAUUGAGAACGCAUUCAUCUUGCAAGGACUGGGGGACAAGAACGAGAAGGCUUUGACCCGACAGGCAUUCCUGGAGAUGCUCGUUUUAGAGCUUACAAAAACUGGUUCUCAGAAAAGGGCUGACUCUGCACCAGUUUCAUCAGCUACUUCCUCUGCUUCGCCCUCAGGUCCUCCUGCGGCUCCCCCUCCUGCUCCCUCCUCAGAUCCUCCUGCGGCUCCUAACUUGGCUCCCCCUCCUGCUCCUUCCUCAGAUCCUCCAUUAGUGUUUCCUACAUAUCACAAGCCAAAGUACAUCACACAGGACAGCACUGGAGAAAGGCAGAAUUGCAAGCAGAAGUGCAAGUUUUGCAACAAGAAAACACCAGUCAUGUGUGCGACUUGUAAUGUACCUUUGUGCUUUCACCCCAAGCGUGACUGUUUUAAUAAUUGGCAUGAAAAAAGGAUAAUUGUAUAGAUAGUAAUAGAUAAAAGUGAUAGGUAAUACAAUUGUAAGAUACAUUUUUUCCCUCUAUUAAAAUCAAACAAAAGUGUUUUGUUAAUGUUGCAUAUAAAAUUCUAAAAUAGGAACAAAGUAUGGUUUUGAAUGGCAUUUCUGAAAUGAUCUAUAUUUUUUCUAAAGUUUUUUUGAGGUAGCCCGGCAGUUAGUUGAUAGUUAGUAAUGACUUAGAUACCCCUCCCUUCCGAGAUACCGAGAAGUAUCUACUUGAGAGGUAGGACUCAAACCAUCAAAGAAGUGCAGUUUCUGUUGAAGGGGUUAAUAUUCAAAUAUCCUUUUACUCUUACAAGUUAUACCUCAUCUUUUAUCAUCCUCAUUUAUUCUACUUGUAUACAUACAUUUUCUAUUCUUCUUUUACAAAAAGGUGCAAGUAACCAGGGUUGGGGAGUAACAGAAUACAUGUUAUGGGAUUAUGUAUUUAAAAUACAAAAUAUAAGUAACUGUAUUCCACUACAGUUACAAUUUAAAUAAUUGGUAAUUAGAAUACAGUUACAUUCAAAAAGUAUUUUGAUUACUGAAGAGAUUACUUUGCAUUUUAUUGUCAUUUGUUUCAUUUAAUAUUUAGUCCUUUCAGAUGGAAAACAUUUAUACAUAUAAAUGAUGCGAUCCAAAGUGCAUUUGAGCAGCGGUGAAACACUUUCUUAUAAUGUGUUACAUUCAUACGAGCAGACAGAGAAGUAAGUUUGGAGCACAAGAAAUAGAAAUAAACCUUGUGUAAAUUGUCAGCUUUACGCUAAGCUAAAAUGCUAUUUCUAGCCAUUUUACAUGCACGAUCAUAUUUUUUUAUCAAGAAAAUUCAUGUUGGAUCAUAAUUUCUUUUUUUCCACUAAGACCUUUGAUAUUAGGGCAAAAAUCUUAUUCUUAAUCAUAUUUUUUGUAUUGUUUUCCUGUAAAAAUAUCUAAAAAUCCUUAAAACAAGACCAAUUUGAUUUAUCUUGAUUUAACCCUCCCAACCCUGCAGGUAACAUGGAUGUCAUCUGAGGGGUGACUGAGUGUCUGAAUUAUAUCAGAAUGCAAUUACAGUGAUUAUUAAUUUAGCCUGGCUCCUGGAG